ACUCCAGUCCGGUAGGCGGCGAGGAUGCACCUGUACGCUGGUUCCCAAAUACGCACGGACGAAGUGACGCGUCGCGGGAGGAGUGGUCCUAUCAAAUUUGCACACAGCUGAUCGUGACGUCACUCAACAACAUGGCGGACUGGAACAGAGGUCACGACUCGGUGGACGACUUGCUGGAUCAGGAAAACAAACUCCUGGCUGAGAACCUGGCCACCAAAGUCUCCAGGCUGAAAUCGCUGGCGUACGACAUCGACCGAGAGGCUGACGAUCAGAACGAGUAUCUGGACGGCAUGGACUCAAACUUCCUGAGUGCGACGGGUCUGCUGAGCGGCAGCGUGAAGCGCUUCUCCACCAUGGUGCGAUCCGGCAGGGACAACCGCCGCAUCCUCUGCUACGUCUCCGUGGGCCUGGUGCUGGUCUUCUUCCUGCUCUACUACAUGGUCUCCAGGAUUCAACGCUGAUGGCGGAGGGGGGCGGGGGGUUCAAUGAAGGAAUCGGCAAGGAGCUGAUAUGGAUCUGCGAGCGUAGGACUGAUGUCAUCGCUGUGCUUCUGCUGCACGGGAGUGAGAAAAUUAACGGGAAGUAGAGAGAAAAUCAUAUUUUUGUUGAAUUUACCCAGGGGGUGGUGGGACGAUGCUGCUACCAAAGAUACUCGCGUCUUAAUAAAAAAAAUCAUGCCGGCACUACUUGUGUCCCCGGCUGCUGCAGCCCGGACUGGAUGUGGAGGAGAAGGAGCCUGAAGGCAUCUCAGGAGGGAGAAGGAUCUACGAGCUCAGCGUCCCGGUCCCAAACCUACGCAACUAUUUUGAAGGUGGCAAACUUAUUCAGAGAGCAAGAUUCCGGACUCAAAAACCAGCAUCUGCAAGAAAUCAAAUGGAAUAUCAAAGGAAAAUGGAAAAUGUAAUCACCAUUAGUGUGGGACGCGAUGCAGCACCUGGCAACCGCCACUCAACUGCUCAAUUUAACCAUCUAUGUGCAUUUGGCCCCCGAGAGCGUCUCAUGA